UUUAACUGUGAGGAACCGGAGACCCUUUACUAGAAGUCACAUAAAUGAUGUCACGGAGGAUGGACAAGGACAGGAGUCAUGUGACUGAAAGGAUAUUAAACCUCACUGUGGAGGUCAUCCAGCUGCUGACAGGAAAGGAUCACACAGUAGUGAGGAAGACAUCUGGGAAGUGUGAGACACCCAGUAGCCAUCCUUGUGUGUCAGGAGGACUGAGCAGGACCCAGAGCCCCAUCACAGUGCCUCCACCUCGCUCACUGACACAUGAGAGGCACAGUGACCAGAAGAUCCUAAAGCUCACCAACAAGAUCAUUCAUCUGCUGACUGGAGAGGUUCCUAUAAGGUGUGAGGACGUCACUGUCUAUCUCUCCAUGGAGGAGUGGGAGUAUAUAGAGGAACACAGGGGUCUGUACAAGGACGUGAUGAUGGACAAUCACCAGGCAUUGAAGAUGGAUAUGACUGAGAGGAUAAUAAAUCUCUUCCUGGACAUCAUCUGUGUGCUGACUGGAGAGGAUCACACAGUAGUGAAGGGAACAUCUGGAGAGUGUGAGCCACCCAGCAGCCAUCACCGUGUGUCAGGAUUGGGGAGGACCCAGAGCCCCAUCACGGUGCCUCCACCUCACUCACUGAUACAUGAGAGGCACAAUCACCAGAAGAUCCUGGAUCUCACCAACAAGAUCAUUCAGCUGCUGACUGGAGAGGUUCCUAUAAGGUGUGAGGAUGUCACGGUCUCUUUCUCCAUGGAGGAGUGGGAGUAUAUAGAAGAACACAGGGGUCUGUACAAGGACGUGAUGAUGGAGAAUCCCCGGCCCCUCACAUCACUGGAUGGGGCCAGUAACAGGAAUACCCCAGAGAGAUGUUCCCAUCCUCUGUAUUCCCAGGACCAUACAUUGGAGAAUCACAGUGUCCUACAGGAGGGUCUGGGUGAAGAUCUUAUUGAUGUUAAAGUAGAAGAUAUAAAAGUAGAAGAGCAGACGCAUGUGAUGGGUGAUCAGCAGUGUAAGGAGGAGGAAAUCCCUACAGAUAUCAGCACAGACCCAUCUAAAGAUCCAUCUACUGACAUAAAGGAGGAAUCAGUCUCAUGUGAUGGAGACCUCACACAUACUGACAUGUAUACAGCCGCAGAUCAUACACAGAAAAUAUCUACUCAUAUAAAAAGCAACUGCAUUACAAAUGCGUCUUGCUCUGGAUGUGAAAAAUGUUUUACUCUUAAUUCAGACCUUGUUAUACAUCAGAGGAGUCACACAGGAGAGCCACCAUAUUCCUGCUCAGAAUGUGGGAAAGGGUUUAGAAGUAAUUCAGAACUUCUUGUACAUCAGAUGAUUCAUACAGAUGAAAAACUGUUUUCUUGCUCAGAAUGUGGGAAAUGUUUUAAAGUAAAUUCACAUCUUGUUAAACAUCAGAUGAUUCAUACAGGACCAUCCCCACAUUCCUGCUCUGAAUGUAAGAAAUGUUUUAGAUGUAAAUCAGAACUUGUUAUACAUCAGAGAAGUCACACAGGUGAGAGACCUUAUUCUUGCUUGGAAUGCGAGAAAUGUUUUCCAAUUAAAUCACUACUUGUUAGACAUCAGAGAAGUCACACAGGUGAGAGACUAUAUUCUUGCUCGGAAUGUGAGAGAGUGUGUAUAAGUAAUUCAGAACUUGUUAGACAUCAGAGAAUGCAUACUGGAGAGAAACCAUUUUCCUGCUCUGAUUGUGGGAAAUCUUUUACACUUAAAUCAGCUCUUGUUCGACAUCAGAAAAGUCACACGGGGCAGAGACCAUAUUCCUGCUCUGAGUGUGGGAAAUGUUUUACAAGCCAUCCACAUCUUGUUAUACAUCAGAGACUUCACACCGGAGAGAGACCGUAUUCUUGCUCGGAAUGUGGGAAAGGGUUUGAAGUAAAUGCACUACUUGUUAGACAUCAGAUGAUUCACACAGGAGCAUACCCAUAUUCCUGCUCUGAAUGUGAGAGAGGUUUUUCAAUUAAAUCAGAACUUGUUAGACAUCAGAGACGUCACACAGGUGAGAGACCGUAUUCUUGCUCGGAAUGUGGGAAAGGGUUUAAAAGUAAUACAGGACUUGUUAUACAUCAGAGACGUCACACCGGAGAGAGACCGUAUUCUUGCUCUGAAUGCGGGAAAUGCUUUACAUGCAAUUCAGUACUUACUAAACAUCAGAAAAGUCACACAAGAGUGAACCCAUGAUAUAGGUCUGAGUGUAAGGAUAGGGAGUUAUAGUAAGACAGAACUUUUACACGAGUGCGGUCACCCAGGAGCAUGCUCAUAUUUCAUUUUCUGUGUAAGAAAUGUUUUACAUGUUUAUGUUCUGCACCGCAGAAUGUGUGAUUAUUACUAAUAAUAACAAGUAUUAAUAAACUCUGCACCGAGCCUGAGUCCGGUUAUCUUGAAGCUUACGCCUAGAUUUCCCAGCAUGAAAUUCACACCCCGCUAUAUGGUACCAGCUCCUUUACUGGUUCCCUACGUUUUCUGUGUAUCUCUUCUACAUCCUCCUUUGUCAUUAAUUGGUUUUCUUCCAGUCCUCAUCCUCCACCCGCUAUCAAGAUUCAGCACCAAAAGGGAUUCCCGCAAUUCCACGGAAGGAGCACACGUUGGGCUUUAGGCUUCUGUCCCAGUUAGAACCAUUCCUAGCUGACAGUAUAGGAUCUCCAACUUCCUAGCAUGUGAGUGACAGCAUUGCAGUCAUUCAUCUUCUCCCAAUUUUAUGAUCCUUUCCAUAGAAUAUAUCUGUAGUCCAUGUCAACAUUCCCAUUAACAGGUUAGCUGCCACUGGUCUUCUUCUCCUCACUCUUUUAUCCUCUCUCAUUGGACAUAUAAUUAAUUAGACUUAUCUUCUUCCAUCUCUGCUCCAAAUUUUCCAACUUUCUCUCCUCUCUUUGAUAGCAACCUCCUUUGCUUCAACCCAUCCCUUUCUCUAGUACCUCCCUCAUGCAAAGCACCCAUAAUUCACCUAACCUGCCAUGUUUUCUUCCUUUUUUAUUAUUUUAUGUCCCUACUCUAUCUUCUUCCAAAAACACACUUUCUCGUAUGUCCUAGACACCGCUGCUCCGGACAAAUCUUUGGCCACUGACACUCUUCACACCACACCUGGCACACUGUGCUGUCCCGUUACCUGCACAGAGCUUCUGCAUUGGCGGGUUGCUGCUGCAGGAAAUGCUGCUUUUACUGCCGGCUUCAUGUACUGUACAUUUACUCUUCUGUCAUACAUCUAUGCUCUCAGUACAUUAAGUCUCUCAUUUCCGGUCAGAUUUUUCAACACUUGUUUCCUCUUUGCCACAUUCAAUUUUUACCGUUUGUCCUAACAGUACUUGUGUCCUGACAGCCUAUGGUUCUUGUCGUCUACUCCCCCCUUUCCUCAGCUCACAUUUUACAUUGCCAUCCCCAGUCACCUCUCCAGCUUAAUGGUGAUUAUUCUAUAAAGAAUUAAGAACAUUGGUCUUUGUGAAUCCUAUAAUUUCCCUUUUAAAUACUAAGGGCCGUGUUGCAAGCCGAAAUCUGAUUUUUUUUUAAAAGCGUCAAUCAAUUACAAGGCGUGGUUAUGGGGGUCAUUCCGCAGCUGUUGCGGCUGGCCGGGAGUUUAUAGUCUCUGCCCCUGGUCGCAGCGGCUGUGUAUGAUGUUGCGCGGACCGGCCCCUGCACGGUCUGGCCACGCCUACGUUGGCCGGACCGCACCCCCAUAAUGGCGGGCAAACACUGCUGUGCUGCCCCCUCCUUCUGUGCAACCGCCUCUGCCUGUCAAUCAGGCAGAGGCGAUCGCUAGGCAACGACGCAGUUCCGACGCAAUCGCUGCGCUGCGAUAAACUGCAGAGAGCGAUCGGGUUGGAAUGACCCCCUAUGUCUUGGACAUUUUUUAAAGCACCAGUUAUUUACAAGUGUGACGGGCAACCCGCACCUCCGGCCAACUGGGACGGCAUUACAUCCGGCCCUAAAUGUUACGUUUAGCCAAGACCUUGACAGAAAGGAUUCAUUUUCAUGUAGGAGAUGUGAUCCAUCCAGACCAGUCAGGAUUUAUAUCCAAUUACAGCAGAUCUACAAACAAAUGGGGAUAAACAUUAUUCAAGCGUCUCAUGACAAUACAACAACUCCUAUUGCUUCCAAAGAUCACAGCCAAGUCAUGUGACACUGCGGAGGGGAAUUAUAUAUGGAAAGUGAUACACUGGUGUAACUCUGAGCAACUUUGUUUUAUUGGAAAUGAUUCAAAUAUUUUUAAACAAAUAAAGAAAUGUUUCUGAACAUA